CCCAGAGCCCCUGGGCCAGUGAGCCUCUGGGGAGUCCAGGGGUGGCUUUGUUCCUGGGCAGCGCUGGCUGGAGAGGGCUGGGGCUUCUCCCCCAGGACCUGCUUGGCCCGUUUUCUGCUUUGCCCUCUCUCACACACUUGCCAUUCUGCUCUGUAAGUUUCAGCCUUGCUGCCCUCCAACUGCUGCCUUUAAAAUUAGCUCUGUUCCUGGACCCUUGGCCUAAGACAAAACUCUCACGUUUUGCCUGAAGACUGAGGUGUUAGGUCUUUUUGUUGUUGUUGUUGUUCAGUGCAGGCAGGGGGGGCUGUAUGCUACAGGGAAGUCCCAGGACAGGCUUGUCUGAGCCUGGCAUCUUUCCUGAACACUGCUUCCAGUAGCUCUGAUCUCAGGACACAAGCCCAGGCCGGACCCCAUGAACAUCUCCCUGGCAGGAAAUGUUCCACUAGAUCCUGAAGCAUCUCUCCCUGACCAAGGUAUUCCUGUCCUCAAGAGCAGGAAAGCCAUGGCUGUACCCAGAGGGAGUCCUUUGGCCUGCCUUCUGUGGAUCCUACUGCUGUGGGGAGGUGAUGGUGGCUGUCAUGCCCAGCGUGCAGGCUGCAAAAGUGUGCAGUAUGACCUGGUCUUCCUCUUGGACACCUCUUCCAGUGUGGGCAAGGAGGACUUUGAGAAGGUCCGCCAGUGGGUGGCCAAUCUGGUAGACACCUUUGAGGUGGGCCCUGAUCACACCCGUGUGGGGGUCGUGCGCUACAGUGACCGGCCCACUACAGCCUUUGAACUGGGCCACUUCCGCUCCCGCGAGGAAGUGAAGGCGGCCGCUCGGCGCAUCACCUACUAUGGGGGCAACACCAACACCGGUGACGCGCUGCGUUACAUCACCAGCCGCAGUUUCUCUGUCCAGGCAGGCGGCCGACCUGGGAACCGUGCCUUCAAGCAGGUGGCCAUCCUAUUGACGGAUGGCCGUAGCCAGGACCUGGUGCUGGAUGCUGCAGCUGCUGCCCAUGCAGCAGGCAUUCGCAUUUUUGCAGUUGGUGUGGGCGCCGCCUUGAAGGAGGAGCUGGAUGAGAUUGCUUCAGAACCCAAGUCUGCGCAUGUCUUCCACGUUUCCGACUUCAACGCCAUCGACAAGAUCCGUGGCAAGCUGAGGCGUCGGCUUUGCGAAAACGUUCUCUGCCCUAGUGUUCGGGUAGAAGGAGACCGCUUUAAACACACCAAUGGAGGAAGCAAGGAAAUCACAAGUUUCGAUCUGAUGGAUUUGUUCAGCGUGAAGGAAAUCUUGGGGAAGAGAGAAAACGGAGCCCAGAGUUCCUAUGUGCGGAUGGGUUCCUUCCCCGUGGUGCAGAGAACCGAGGAUGUCUUCCCCCAAGGUCUGCCUGAUGAGUAUGCCUUUGUCACAACCUUCCGGUUCCGGAAAACAUCUCGGAAAGAAGACUGGUACAUCUGGCAGGUCAUCGACCAGUAUGGCAUCCCACAGGUCUCUAUCAGACUGGAUGGUGAGAACAAGGCGGUUGAGUACAAUGCUGUGGGUGCCAUGAAGGACGCAGUCAGGGUGGUCUUCCGAGGUUCCCGAGUUGAUGACCUCUUUGACCGUGACUGGCACAAGAUGGCUCUAAGCAUCCAGGCCCAGAAUGUGUCCCUCUACAUUGACUGUAUGCUGGUUCAGACGCUGCCCAUCGAGGAGAGGGAGAACAUCGACAUCCAGGGCAAGACUGUGAUUGGCAAGCGUCUCUACGACAGUGUGCCCAUUGACUUUGACCUGCAGCGGAUUGUGAUCUACUGUGACUCAAGGCAUGCGGAAUUGGAGACUUGCUGCGAUAUCCCAUCCGGUCCGUGUCAGGUGACCGUGGUGACAGAGCCUCCGCCUGCACCUCCACAGCUGCCCACGCCUGGUAGCGAACAGAUCGGGUUUCUGAAGACCAUCAACUGCUCAUGCCCUGCAGGAGAAAAGGGUGAACGGGGCUUUGCUGGCCCUGUAGGACUCCCUGGUCAAAAGGGUGAUCCAGGACCCAUUGGACUGAUGGGUGUUCCAGGGCCCAAGGGAGAAAAAGGAGAUACUGGGAGAGGACCCUUCAUCCAAGGAGAAAAGGGUGAGAAGGGAUCCAUGGGCCCCCCCGGGCCACCCGGCAGAGAUGGCAGUAAAGGCGUGAGGGGGGAACCAGGAGAGCUGGGAGAGCCGGGACUGCCUGGAGAGGUGGGCAUGCGGGGCCCUCAGGGACCCCCUGGACUGCCAGGACCGUCUGGACACAUUGGAGCUCCGGGUCUCCAAGGAGAACGAGGUGUAAGGGGGACUCCAGGAGAAAAGGGCGAGCGAGGCCUGGAUGGAUUCCCUGGGAAGCCUGGAGAGACAGGAGCACAGGGAAGACCUGGACCUCCUGGUGCGGCAGGACCCCAGGGAGAGAAGGGAGAUGUGGGGCCUGCAGGACCCCCUGGCGUGCCAGGCUCUGUGGUGCACAGAGAGGGCCUGAAGGGAGAGCAGGGAGCCCCUGGACCAAGAGGCCACCAAGGCCCACCUGGACCUUCAGGAGCACCGGGUUCGAUUGGUCCAGAAGGCAGAGAGGGACCCCCUGGACCUCAAGGUCUCCGAGGGAAGAAAGGGGAAGUGGGUCCACCAGGAACCCCUGGAGCACUGGGGCCACAGGGCCCGCCUGGAGCACCUGGUGUUCAAGGGCCCCCUGGCCCUGGAGGCCCUCCGGGUUUACCUGGAGAACUGGGCUUCCCUGGAAAGCCCGGGCCCCCUGGUCACAUGGGGCCACCUGGAAAGGAUGGGCUGGAUGGACCACCAGGCCUGCCUGGCUCCAAGGGAGAACCAGGGGACCCUGGGGACCGUGGUGCACCUGGAAUGCCCGGACCUCGGGGUGAAGUUGGGGAGCAGGGCCUUGUAGGUCAUCCUGGCGAGAAGGGGGAAGUUGGCCUUCCCGGUGCUCCAGGCCUCCCGGGACUGCGUGGAGAGAAAGGAGACCAGGGAGAAAAAGGUGAACUGGGCCUUCCUGGGCUGAAAGGUGCCCAAGGUGAAAAGGGUGAGGCUGGUCCUGCAGGCCCCCCUGGCUUACCUGGAAGUCCAUCGGUGUUCACACCACACCCUAGGAUGCCAGGAGAGCAAGGGCCAAAAGGAGAAAAGGGUGACCCUGGUAACCCUGGCACCACGGGACCACAGGGCCGACCCGGAGAAAUGGGCCCUCGGGGACCUGCUGGACCUCCGGGAGCCAAGGGCCAUGAUGGUGCACAUGGGGCACCUGGAGCAGCUGGAAGCCCUGGUGCUCCAGGACCUGCAGGACCCCCUGGUGUCAGUGGUCCCCCAGGAAGUUUGGGUCCCCCUGGCCUCAGAGGCACCCCUGGGAAAGACGGGGCGCGUGGGGAGAAGGGACUUCGUGGACCACCUGGGUUACCUGGCCCCAUAGGAACCAAGGGUGACCGAGGAACACCUGGGAUCCCUGGCUCUCCCGGCAGCCGUGGCGACCCAGGCAUUGGGGUUGCUGGUCCACCCGGCCCUUCAGGACGACCAGGAGACAAAGGACCCCCGGGAUCUCGAGGUUUACCGGGUUUCCCUGGCCCCCAGGGACCAGCUGGCCAGGAUGGUGCACCAGGAAAUCCAGGAGAAAGAGGGCCUCCUGGAAAACCAGGCCCUUCUUCACUGCUGUCUCCAGAGGACAUAAAUCUGUUAGUAAAGGACGUGUGCCACGACUGCCCUCCAGGUCCCCCAGGCCUCCCAGGUCUUCCAGGUUUCAAAGGAGACAAAGGUCUCCCAGGAAAGCCAGGGAGAGAAGGGUCAGAAGGCAAAAAGGGAGAUACUGGGCCUCAAGGCCCCCCAGGGCCUCCAGGAGUGGCGGGACCACAGGGAAACCAAGGAGAACGUGGUGCAGAGGGAGAGGUGGGACAGAAAGGUGAUCAGGGUCACCCUGGAGUUCCAGGAUUCAUGGGCCCACCAGGGAAUCCUGGGCCACCAGGAGCCGAUGGAAAUGCAGGCCCUGCAGGCCCACCAGGACUUCAAGGGUCCCCGGGCAAAGAAGGCCCUCCUGGUCCCCAAGGCCCAUCGGGCAUUCCAGGAAUCCCAGGAGAAGAAGGCAAACAGGGCAGAGAUGGAAAGCCAGGUCCCCCUGGAGAACCGGGCAAGGCAGGAGAGCCAGGCCUGGCAGGAACAGAGGGAGCCAGAGGCCCGCAGGGCUUCAAGGGACACACAGGUGAUCCUGGCCCACCUGGUCUGAGGGGAGAACCUGGGACUAUUGGCCCCCCUGGAAGGGAAGGAUCUCCAGGAAAAGAUGGUGACACUGGACCUGCAGGACCACAGGGUCCCAGAGGACCAAGGGGCCCACCGGGUAGCAGCGGAUCACCUGGAGCCCCAGGAGACCCCGGCCGUCCAGGAGCCCCAGGCCAGAAAGGAAACAAAGGAGAAAAUGGCAGCCCAGGACUUCCAGGUUUUCUGGGUCCCCGUGGGCCUCCGGGAGAAGCAGGAGAGAUAGGCGCUCCAGGCAAAGAGGGUGCUCCUGGGAAGCCUGGAGAGCCAGGAACCAAAGGCGAGAGGGGAGACCCUGGAACCAAAGGUGACAAAGGAUUACCAGGAGGAAAGGGCCAGCCUGGAGACCCUGGAAUCCCAGGCCACAAGGGUCAUACUGGCCUGAUGGGUCCCCAAGGACAACCAGGAGAGAGUGGCCCUCCUGGGCCCCCAGGGCCACCUGGUCAGCCAGGAUUUCCAGGACUGCGGGGCGAGUCUCCAUCCAUUGACACCCUGCGGCGCCUGAUUCAGGAAGAGCUUGGAAAGCAGCUAGAAGCCAAACUUGCCUACCUCCUGGCCCAGAUGCCUCCUGCACACAUGAAAUCCUCUCAAGGCAGACCUGGUCCCCCAGGACCUCCAGGAAAAGAUGGGCUCCCAGGCCGGGCAGGCCCCAUAGGUGAACCAGGCCGACCUGGCCAGGGUGGUCUGGAAGGACCCUCCGGACCAAUGGGCCCCAAAGGUGAAAGAGGAGUCAAAGGUGACCCUGGCACACCUGGAGUUGGCCUCCGAGGAGAAAUGGGUCCCCCUGGAAUACCAGGUCAACCUGGGGAACCUGGCUAUGCGAAAGAUGGACUCCCAGGAAGCCCUGGUCCUCAAGGAGAGACAGGACCAGCUGGACAUCCUGGCCCUCCAGGCCCUCCUGGCCCUCCUGGCCAGUGUGACCCCUCCCAGUGUGCGUACUUCGCCAGCCUUGCUGCCCGGCCAAGUAAUGUGAAGGGCCCAUAGAAGAUUCUAAAACAUCAAAACACUACUAUGGAUUUCUGAAACUUGAACUCAGAGCUCAGUGGGAAGCCAGAAGCCUUGAAAUAUUUCAGAUCCUUUUUUUCUCUCCUCACCUUCUCUUUGUCUUUUUUUUUCCUGUUCCCCUCUCUCCUACUCUUGCCUCCUUGCCUUCCUACCCUCAAUUCCAUCUUCCUUUCCUCAGAGACCUCACAGUUAUUAAAACCAACAGAUGCUGUCAGUUAGAUUAUUAAUAUUUUUAUUGUUUGUUAUUUCAAAUGUUAAUGCUUCUGGGGGAGCUACCUCGUAGACAGGAAGUGGUCUCCUGGCUCAGCUCCCCUGCCAACACCAACUGAAGUGUGGCAGCCAAUUCUGAGGAACCCGCGGUGCUAUGCAGCCCUGACCACACCCUUGCUGAAUUUACCUCUUUCCUGGAAAGGAAACUAAGGGACGGAACCCAUGAGCUUCUUUUCUCAGCUGUGCCUAGAGAUGGCCCAGGGAAAAAUAAGUUGGGAAUCCUUGUCUCCCAGGAGAAACAAGAAGCAGAAUGAGGAAGAGUUUGCAGCCUGGAAGAAGGCCUUGACCUCUGGACUCAAGGUGCAUACCUGGAGUUCAGAACUACCCUGGGCGUGGGCUUCCUUGGUGCUUCAAGCUACUGGAACCAAAAGGAGUCACACAGAGGGUUGUCCAUGGCUUGUGUCUAGGCCCUCAGUGGACAAGCUGGUGCUGAAGAAGAGUUCUGGAGUCUGAAUUUGCUUCUUAGACAUGGCCUGGAUCCCUUCAAGUUCCUCAUGCUGGUUUCACUUGUGUGAAUUUCAAAAUAAAGGUUUCCAGUGGUCA